ACCAGCACCGUUGCUAACCGAAGGCUCCAUCUCUCUCUCUCUCUCCCUCUCCGUAACAGCAAACUAACUCCGCCAGUCUCCACCGCCGCGAAUGGCCGCCUCCUUCUCCGGCGCCUCUCAUCCCGCGGCGGCGAUCGGCGGCAUUUCACCUGAGGAGCCGUCGCCUUCGUCGUCGUCGGCAGCCCGCGGCCCCGCCGCCAUUUCCCUCCCGCACUGAACCCCCCACCACCCGCGCGCGAUCGAUAUGCUCGCCGAGUACUCCCCGUCCGCCUCCGCCGCCGCCGCCGCCGCCGCCGCCGCCCUCGUCCCCCGCCGCCGCCGCGACCUCUACUUCUGCCUCCUCCUCCUCUUCGCCUCGCUCUACUGCUUGAUCCUGUACUGUGCCAACUUCGAGAGCUCUCUCGACGCUAGCCUCUCCCCUCAGUAUUCCGAGAAAUACAGGCUCGAAAAAGUUUUGAAGAAUGCUGCAAUGAGAGACAGAACUGUUAUCUUGACAACUCUAAAUGAAGCAUGGGCUGGUCCCAACUCCAUCCUCGAUCUCUUCCUUGAAAGCUUUAGAAUAGGAGACGGAACUCGCAGGCUCUUAAAACAUCUGGUCAUUAUUGCCUUGGACAAGAAGGCCUAUCUACGGUGUGUCGCUGUGCAUACUUACUGUGUUGCUUUAACAACUGAGGGAGUUGAUUUUUCAGCGGAAGCAUACUUCAUGACCACUGAUUAUUUGAAAAUGAUGUGGAGAAGGAUUGAUUUCUUGCGUUCUAUUCUUGAGAUGGGCUACAAUUUCGUCUUCACGGAUGCUGAUAUAUUGUGGUUUAGGAACCCAUUUCCGAGAUUCUUUGAGGAUGCAGAUUUCCAGAUUGCAUGCGACCAUUUCCUAGGCGACUCUCUUGAUAUUCAGAAUAGACCCAAUGGAGGAUUUAACUUUGUGAAGUCCAAUAACCGGACAAUUCAGUUCUACAAGUUCUGGUAUUCAUCACAGGCAAUGUACCCUGGGUACCACGACCAAGAUGUCCUUAACUUCAUCAAAUUUGAUCGUUUCAUCACAGAUAUUGGAUUGAAAAUGAGAUUCCUGGAUACUAUGUACUUUGGGGGGCUUUGUGAACCCAGCAAGGAUCUAAAUCAAGUGUGCACAAUGCAUGCAAAUUGCUGUUUUGGACUGGACUCCAAGCUUAAUGAUCUUAGGAUGAUGGUUCAGGAUUGGAAAGAUUUUAUGUCCCUAACACCAAGGUUAAAGAGGUCACUAAACUUGUCCUGGAGUGUUCCGGACAAAUGCAGUCUCGAAGAACUCAUUCAGUAUAGUUCACUGCCAAACAAUGUCCAAUGGUAUGGUUCGCCAGUGAACGACGUCGGAUGACAAAUGCUACUCUAGAGUGGAGUUGUAAAUACGCAAUCUUUUUGAAGCGAAGGUGUACAAUUCACAUGUAGAGAAGGUAGAAAUUCCUUGUGCAAAUUAGCACCUCUAUACGCAAUCCAACACUCGAUGCACUGACAUAGUUUCUGGGAUAGAUUACUUUUUAGUUGUAUGUACUUUAGUAGACGCAAACUAUUCAUCUCUCGAGCCACAUGCUUCUUUUUUUGCCCCUUUUGAAUGUAAUAAAAAGAAGGAAGCGACGUGACUAUCCCGAACUCACAUUUGAAGGUCAGCAACUCAUGUAAGACUGAUCCUUCAAAUCUUUGAUAACGGUGGCUGUGUCAUUCAAAACAUGUUAAUGAAUCCUCAUCCUCGAAAGCGAGGACUUUCUUGUA